AAGGAGCGCUGUGUUAUUUGUUUCUCUUUACAAGCGUUUUGGUUUAGAGGCGUGAAACGGUCGGUUGUAAUUAAGGAUCUGUUUAAGCAGCCGACCAUGGUUUCGAUGGAUAUUGCUGCACGUAAAGUGCUAAGUUAUGUUCCGUUUAUUCUUGUUUUGAUUGACCUGCGGUACGAGGGUGUACAGUGUGGGAAGAACAGUGAUGUUGAGAGUCACCUGGAGAUGGGCAAGAAGCUGCUAGCUGCAGGACAGCUGGCAGAUGCUCUAUCUCACUUCCAUGCAGCUGUUGAUGGAGAUCCAAAUGACUACAUGGCCUAUUUCAGAAGAGCUACUGUCUUCUUGGCUAUGGGAAAGUCCAAAUCAGCUCUACCUGAUCUGAACAAAGUCCUUGAGCUCAAACCAGAUUUUACAUCUGCCAGGCUUCAGAGAGGCAAUCUUCUCCUUAAGCAGGGGAAGCUAAGUGAUGCUGAGGAGGAUUUCAAGAAAGUGCUCAAAUCCAGUCCCAGUGAAAAAGAGGAGAAGGAAGCCAAAAGUCAACUGGUUAAAUCGGAAGAGAUUCAGCAGCUGGUGUCUCAGGCUCACAGUGUUUUUUCCCAGAAGGAUUAUACUUCAGCCAUCACCUACCUUGACUCAAUCAUUGAGACCUGCAUGUGGAAUGUGGUCUUCAGGGAGCUGCGAGCAGAAUGUUUCAUCCAAAUGGAUGAGAUGGGGAAAGCAAUCAGUGACCUCAAAGUAGCAUCCAGACUGAGGAAUGACAACACUGAAGCCUUUUACAAGCUCAGCAGUAUUUAUUAUCAGCUGGGGGACCAUGAAAUGUCUCUCAAUGAGGUACGUGAGUGUCUGAAGCUGGACCCUGAUCAUAAGCAAUGCUUCAGCCACUACAAACAAGUGAAGAAGCUGAACAAGCAGAUCCUAGCUGCUGAAGAUCUCAUCCAACAGCAGAGGUAUGCUGAUGCAGUGAUUAAAUAUGAGUCUGUGAUGAAAACGGAACCAAAUGUGCAUCACUACACUCAUCAGGCCAAAGAACGCAUCUGCCACUGUCUGUCUCUGAACCAGCAAGCUGCAGAAGCCAUCCUCACCUGUAGUGAGGUCCUCGCAUCUGAUCCUCAGAAUGUGAAUGCUUUGAAGGACAGAGCAGAAGCCUUCCUUCAAGAUGAGCAAUAUGAGGAAGCUGUCCGGGACUAUGAGACUGCAAGCAAAUACAGCGAGGGUGACCGGCAGAUCAAGGAGGGGCUGGAGAAAGCACAGCGGCUUAUGAAGCAGUCUAAGAAGAGAGACUACUACAAGAUCUUGGGUGUCAAGAGAACUGCUCAGAAGAAGGAGAUCAUUAAAGCUUACAGGAAGCUAGCUCAGCAGUGGCAUCCAGAUAACUUCCAGGAUGCUGAUGAGAAGAAGAGGGCAGAAAAGAAGUUUAUUGACAUUGCCCAGGCUAAGGAGGUGCUCACUGACCCUGAGAUGAGGAGCAAGUUUGACCAGGGAGAGGACCCUCUGGACCCUGAGAGCCAGCAGGGUGGCUCCACCCACUUUCAUGCCUGGGAUGGCUUCCAGGGCUUCAACCCUUUUGGCUCAGGGCCCUUCACUUUCAAGUUCAACUUCAACUGAGGUCACAUGAUCAUGCAGAGAUUUGUGAAUGCUAAUAAAUUGAACACAUGGUGACCAUAAAGUUGCAGGUUCAGAUCCCAGACCUGCUGUGCUUUGUGUAAGGCAUUUGAUAGGGAAUUGCCUCUAAAUAUCCAUUUGUAUAAAUGGGUAAAGUCCUUCAAAAUGUAUUUGUCCUUGAUAAGGGCAUAUGUCAAAGGUGUAAGUAAUGCAUAGCUGGCUUGUAGCUGCAGCAGUGGUUCCCAAUUCACUCAUUCUGCAGUAUUCUAUACAUUCCUGUAUUUACCAACUUGCAUUAUCUCACUAAGUAUUCAAUUGUAAAACAAUUGAUCAGCUGGGUGACUUCUGCUUGUGGUGGAGCAGAACAAACUAUCGAAUUACUGGUGCAGGCUACAAAAUGCAAUUUUGCCAUGUUUCUGUAUUCAGUUGCAGGGAGUUCAGAGAAAAGCUGAAAAGGUGUUUGUUAGCUUAACAGACCUAUUAAGAAUUUUUUUUCUUUAAAAAAAAAAAAAAAAAAAA